GGGCGGCCUGCUCGCGCACAGUCACUCCCUCUCCCCUUUGGGGUUAGUGUGCUCGUGUUUAGUUCCCAGAGAUAGCCAAAUCGGAUUCCUUAGGGAAGGGACACAAAUCACUCCCAUUUUAACAAGGGGAGUAACGCGGGAUCUGCAUCCACAAGGGUCCACCUCUUCUUCGUCGUUUCCUAUUUUUCAUUCAUUUGAUUUUUUAUCCGAGAAAGCUCUUUGCUGGAAAGAAGGAAGAAAAAAACUUGUCAUUGGAUGAUGACAUUUGAUCUCGCCCAGGCUGAAAGCCGUAGUUGAUCCUAUUGUUACUUAAACUGACAUCAGAGCUGUUUUAUGCUAAGCCGAUUUCUUAAUACAGAGGGGACAGGGGUAACCCUCAAGUGAGCGUCUCUUCGUCUCGCGUCUCAACAUUACUUUAUUUUUAUUUAUUUUGUUUUUGUUGUUGUUUCUAUUUGCGGCGCUCCUGAAAUCUGCGCCGAAACCUGGAUUCUGACAGCUCGCGCUUCUUCUCGUACUUUUCCCGUUUUGUAUCAGUGUUUAUGAAAGAAAAAUCGGUGGAAAAAGAAAAGACACCUGCACACAAGAUACCGAUCUCAUCCACGCGCUGCGAAGCAUUUGCCGGCGAACAGAAGACGCGGGGCGGGGAAUAGCAUUUAAAUUAAAAAAAAAAUUUAAAUUAAGAAAACGCUGCGCGAGAGACAAAAAAAGGCUGUUUUCAUGUUUGGGAUUCAGGAGAGUAUUCAAAGGAGUGGGAGCGGUAUGAAAGAGGAGCCCCUCGGAUCCGGGAUGAACGCGGUGCGAACGUGGAUGCAGGGAGCCGGGGUGCUGGAUGCGAACACGGCCGCUCAGAGCGGAGUGGGUCUUGCCCGCGCGCACUUCGAGAAGCAACCGCCGUCAAAUCUUCGGAAAUCCAACUUCUUCCACUUCGUUUUGGCUCUGUACGACAGACAAGGUCAGCCGGUGGAAAUUGAAAGGACAUCUUUUGUCGGCUUUGUCGAAAAGGAAAAGGAAUCAAAUGGCGAGAAAACGAACAAUGGAAUACACUACAGACUACAGCUUCUCUACAGCAACGGCAUCAGAACAGAACAGGACUUUUAUGUGCGGCUGAUUGACUCCAUGACUAAGCAGGCGAUUAUUUAUGAAGGCCAAGACAAGAACCCGGAGAUGUGUCGCGUGCUGCUGACGCAUGAGAUCAUGUGCAGCCGCUGCUGUGACAAGAAGAGCUGUGGCAAUCGCAACGAGACGCCAUCCGACCCCGUCAUCAUCGACAGGGGCUUCUGGGACACCCCCCCACCCCCCUCCACCCCCCGCCCCCCACCGCCUGGAGGGAUGUGUCUCGCGUUUGGGAGGAAAUGCGGGGGGUGGGGGCGCGUGGGCCGCGUGUACAUACUAAAGAAGCACUUACUCUCCCUGGGUCCCCUCUUCUCCCAAUCACGCACCCCCGUGCCCCAAAGCGAGGCCCGCCUGCAUUCCCUCCCGCUCCCCACACCCCAAACUGCACCCCCGCACCCCAAAGCGUUCCCGCCCCCCCCGGAAGGCGCUGGGCAGUCCUGCAUCUUCAUCUUCCUGAAGAGGAUGCUGGAAAGUCUUAAGUCAACAGAAUUUCUCUCUCCCCUCACUUUCUCUCUCUGUAUCUCUCUUCUCUCCUCUUUCUCUCCUUCCCUCUCUCUACAGGAAGUGAUUUUGAAGAGGGCGGCAGAUCUUGUAGAAGCUCUGUACGGAAUGCCUCAUAAUAACCAGGAGAUCAUCCUCAAACGAGCGGCGGACAUCGCUGAGGCCCUCUACAACGUCCCGCGGAACCACAACCAGCUGUCGGGCCUGGCCAACAGCUCCGUCCACGGGGGCAUGAUGGGAGUCAACUCCUUCACCGGCCAGCUCGCCGUCAACGUGUCUGAAUCCACGCAGGGAGCCAAUCAGGGUUUCAGCCGGAACACGAGCAGCGUCUCUCCGCACGGUUAUGUUCCGAGCACCACGCCUCAGCAGAGCAGCUACAGCUCGGUCAGCACCAACAUGAACGGCUACGGCGGCGGCGGCAUGUCCACGCUGGGCGGCUCGCCCAACUUCCUCAACGGCUCUGCCGCCAACUCGCCCUACGCCAUCGUGCCCUCCAGCCCCACGAUGGCGUCCUCCACCAGCCUGCCCUCCAACUGCAGCAGCUCGUCGGGCAUCUUCUCCUUCUCUCCCGCCAACAUGGUGUCGGCCGUCAAGCAGAAGAGCGCCUUCGCCCCCGUGGUCCGGCCCCAAACCUCGCCCCCGCCCACCUGCACCAGCGCCAACGGCAACGGGCUGCAAGAUCAGUCUUUUGUGGACUCUAGCAAGUACUCUACAGCCGGCACACUGCAGGGUCUAUCCUUCUCCUAAACAAUUCCUGGAAUGAUUGUUCCACCGAUGUAGAGGAUUUGUGAAUGAAGACGAGGACACGUUUUGGACUCCCAGUUUUGGACGGAAUGUGACUCUGGAUGAAUUAUGUAAAGUUUAACUCAGGCCCUUUGCUAAGGAAUCACGUUUGAACAGGAAAAAAAAAGAAGAAAAACAUAAAAUGACAAUUUGCAACAUUUUUUUGGUUUUUAAAUUUCUAAACCUCGUAAUCACCUGUUGGAGCUUUUUGGGGACAUGCAUUCGAACCCUGCUGAUGUAAGGGAGGGGAUAUUUAUUUCUGGAAACGUUCUGCUUGUUUGUCUGUUAGCUUUUUUGAUUUUAGCAAACAAACUAAUGCCUUUUUACAAACUGUAAUAUACACACACAAAAAAACACUAUAUAAGGUUUGUGUUGUUUUUAUUUAUGAUGCUGAUCAAAGCAGUGUGUUUGAAGUCUGGAAUGGAAGAACGAUGUAGCUGGCGGUAGAGGAGAGAGUUUUUUGAACAAUCCUAGAGUAGGUCAUACGGGCGGGGCUGUCAGUCAGCUCUACCUGGCAAAUGCUGUCAUAUUUUAAUGAAGAAGUUACUUUUUAUUUAAAUCGUUCUAGAAAUAAUUUCCAGGUUAGAUGGAAAGACCUUUUUUAAAGAGCCAAUUUCCACAGGUGUUGAUAGGCACAGAGUUCCCUUUGGGUUAUCUCGAGCAUCACACUGUAUGCCAAUGGCAUCAGCCAGUAGCCACUGUUAUGUUUGUUCUUCAUUUUCUCGUCCCACUGAAACAAGCCAGAUUCAGGUACCAGAAGCAGGUACCCCACAAUGCAGAGAUCACACCCCUGUGUGUGUGUGUAUCGCAACACCACAGCACAGAGAUCUAGUACUCAGUGUGUAUCAGGUCCUGAUGAGGCAGAGAUUAUACACUCUGUGUGUAUCACAGCCCCACUAUGCUGUCAUCUCACACUCUCCAUGUGUGUAUGACGACCCCACAGUGCAGAGGUCUCACACUCUGUGUGUGUGUGUGUGUGUGUGUGUGUGUGUGUAUCAUGGCUCAUACAGUGCAGAUAUCUCACUCUCUGCGCAGUAAACUCACAGUCUGUGUGUGUGUGUGUGUGUGUGUGUGUGUGUGUGUGUGUGUGUGUGUGUGUGUGUGUGUGUGUAUCAGGUCCCCAUAAACAGGGACCCCAUAAUGUGGACCUUGUGUCUUAUGAACCCAAUGUGAGGCAGGACAGCUGAAGGUAUCGGGCCUAGAGAAAGUAAACAGAGCCCUUUAUUUAAAAAAAAAAAAAAAAACUUUGCUGCUACCCAGUGCAGGAAUAUCAAUGGAGAAACAAACAUGCAAUCAAUGUGUUUUUUGCCAUUUUGGACUUUCACUAUACGAAGGAAAGCUUUUAUAUUUGUAGGUCCUUGUGAAGGAAUUCUGUGUGUGUGUGUUUUAUUUUUUGUUUGUUUUGGGGUUUUUUUUUUUUGGGGGGGGGGUAUUGUUUUUGUAUUGUUUUUUUUUUUCUUUCAUAAUGAGACUGUGAUCAUAAGAUUCACCCUUUAUGUUUGAGCUCCUUAUUUUUGCCUUUUAACAAGAUUGAAGGUCGGAGAAAAGAGUGCUGGAACAAAUAGAAGUUUUUUGUUAACUAGGGGACGUUAGUUUAUUAAGCCAGCACUGUACUAACCUGCUUCUCAAACGUAGUGUCAAAACCCAGCAAACGUCAGUCUAAUCGUUGCAGCUGUUCAAUUUCUAUCAAUGUUUUGUAUAUAGAAAAACCUAUGUUAGUUUUUGUAAUUAGGCUUUUUUUUGUUGCCAAAGUCAUUCUUUUAAAAUAUAUUUAUACAUUAAAAUGUCUUAAGGCAGCUUAACAGUAGUGUCUUUGAUGUUAUGUUUACCACAUGCUCAAGAUCCCACCAACAUUAGCUUGCAAACGCACCAAUGGAAAAAUAAAAGGAUUUUGAAAAUGCGAGGGGAUUUUUGUAAAUUAUCCAUAUAAAUAAUGUAUUUAUCUCCAGAUUGUGUACAUUGCUUCCCUCCCCUAGUUUAAUUUUAUUGUGUAUGUUCGCUAUGUGAUGAAGUGCCGACCUGUUUAGUUUCCUCAUCCACUGCUGUUCUUGCUGUUUAAAUGUGAUUUUGAUAUUUUUCAUUUGUAUUGUUUUUUUGUUUUUUUGUAUUGUUUUAAAGCCAUGCUUCCAUUUUUUAAAAUGACCAUCCAUGAAAAUCCAUCGUCUAUUUUUGUAUUAUUUGUAAGUUAAUGAAAAGGUUUUUUUUGUUUGUUUGUUUGUUUGUUUGAAUUUUGGAAUUUUUUUAUAAAUGUAUGACAAAAAGUAGCAUCUUAUUCUGAUAGUAUUUAGUUAUGUAGAUUUUAAAAAAAAUAUAUGAAUAUAUAAAUAUAUAUCUUUUGUUUCACUCUUUGAGGCUUACAGAAACUGAUACUGUUUUUAAUAAUAAUAUGCAUGGGUUCUUUUCCUCUAAGAGUGAUGGUUGCAUUUUGUGCAUUGUACCUAGGAAGACAGGAGGGAAAUAAUAUGAACAUACUUUCUUUCCUUUUUUUGGUUCUUUUGUUCCUUCUUUUCUUGUUUUUUUAUUUAAACUUCCUUUAUUCAUGCUUGCUUUUGUACCUGUAUCCUCUCUCUGAUUUUCUCACUGAAAUCUGAACCAGCAGUUUAGAUGCCUUAACAAUGCAAGCCUCCGCCCAUCGCCUCACCUGUGUAUUGUACAACCACGCUGCCAUCCUUUGUCGCCACAGAAAACAUUUUUUUAAGGAGGGAAAAAAAGCACAAAAUGAACUGUUUUUUUCUUCUGUUUGUUUUAUUCGGCGUGAUGUUUACUUGCUGUUGCUUUUCUAACACUUGGAGCUCGGAUAACCAGCCAAUCAGCUGCGGACGGGUCUGUACUGUACUGUUCAUUUUGCAGAGGGAGGGGGGAGGUGGGGGUUGAGGAGACAAGAGGAGCUAUGAUUAAUAUUUAAUGUGUGUUACAGCAGGGAUCUUGGGGGUGGGGGGGGGGCAUUACAUUAUUAGUCUAAGCUAAGCCUGCCCUUUUGUUUUGUAUUUUUUGUGUUUUCUUGACAGAGUUACACUUAAUACCGUAUUUGCGUUUAAAGAGACAUCUCUGCGCAUAAGUAGCGGAUGCAGCAGCGAUAAAUCCCCCCCCGCCCCCCCCCCUUCCGCGAUCAGCAGCAACACCAUUAAAUAGCCUCCACAGAACAGGCCGCAUUAGCACUGCGGCGCGUGGUCGCUAUAGCGAUGUGUGCUGAGGUCACUGGCCAUCUGCCCUCUGAUUGGACGCACCGCUCUUUAUCCCCAAGCAGGCGGGGCUUAUUUAUCCUGGGUAAAUGAGACAGCCAAUCGGCUCGCUGACUCCUGGCCUGUGCGUUCCGCGCUGUUGAAAAACAAAAAAAUUUAUUUGGUUAUUAUUAUGCAUUAUUUCCCCUUUUUCUUUCUUAAAUAAAAUUAUGUGUUCAGUGGUUUGACUACGGGCGGACUUGUACCUGAAUCACAGACAAAACUGAUAAAUUAAAACAAAAGUAACAAGUCGUCUGUGAACCGAACAACUGCGUAAACAAAUUAAGAUGGACAAAGUUUUUAAAAAGCUGGUUUUCCUUGUUUCUUGUUUUCAAACUUUUUCUUUGGCUGGGCACACACUGAACAGUUCUAUUGAUAGAUAGGGAAAAAGUGAAAUAAAACUACUGUAUAGAUUGUUAUCAUUUUUGAUGAACUUUGAGCUGUAAAAUAACUUUUCAACUUUCACAAUAUUUAAUUAAAGUUCCUUCUUGUCUGUGA